GCUGUUAUCUAAGCAGUGCAGUGACAUUGGAACUAAAUCAAAUGACUUUAGCAAAGUCAAAAAGUAAUUGAAAAUCAUAUUAAGCUGAAUCGUCAAUCAAAAGUCCGAUGCAAAACAAUGACCACCACAUAUACACUUUCAAAUUUCGACGGCGACACAAGUAACAAACGAAGCAAAGUCACUUGCACCUCCAAACAUUCCACCAGGGUUGGCACAUGGAACAUGUAAAUUAUACAUAAAGAGCAGCUACAAUACCCGCCCCAACAACAACAACAACAGCAAUACCAACAACAUAUACAUGGCUGUCCACUUACAGUCACAGUUGCACAAUCUGAGCGUCAUCCAACCGUCACUGAUGUAUGUGGCCGCCUCAUCACUUGCCUCUAGUGGCGUCAUCGGACUGCAGGAGAACAUUUCCAUCGUUUAUGAGGAUUUUCUGGAAUCAUCGAACAACAUUGUCAAUCGCGCUUUAUUGCCCACAACAGCAGCGGCAACAACAACAGCCUCAACUGCAGCAGUAACAUCAACAACAACAACUGUGUUGACACUGACAUCGACAUCAACGGCAAAUGACACAAGCCACGAUGUCAGUGGCAGCAUGGGGGGAAUCGGGGGCAUUGCCGUACCAGCCACGACUAACUUUAGCAGCUACUAUAACGAAUCUGCCACUGCGGCCGAAUGGGCGCAUUUCUAUGAUCUCAUCUUUAUAUUCAUCUCAUCGCUCUUCAUCGUGAUUACCAUCAUCGGUAAUACGCUGGUCAUAUUGGCUGUCAUAACCACUCGGCGCCUCAAAACAGUAACCAAUUGCUUUGUGAUGAGCUUAGCGGUUGCCGAUUUGCUUGUGGGAAUAUUUGUAAUGCCGCCGGCUGUAGCUGUUCACCUCAUAGGUUCCUGGCAGCUCGGAUGGGUGUUGUGCGAUAUUUGGAUAUCACUCGAUGUGCUCCUAUGUACGGCAUCAAUAUUGAGUUUGUGUGCCAUCAGCGUUGACAGAUACCUGGCGGUAACACGACCGCUCACCUAUUCUCGCAAACGUCGUUCGAAACGUUUGGCACUCAUCAUGAUAUUAAUUGUUUGGCUGCUGGCCCUGGCCAUCACAUGUCCUCCGAUGCUCGGCUGGUAUGAGCCCGGACGUCGCGACUUGAGAGAAUGCCGCUACAAUCAAAAUGAAGGCUACGUGAUUUUCUCAGCGAUGGGCUCGUUCUUCAUACCAAUGGCUGUUAUGAUUUAUGUUUAUGCUAGAAUUUCGUGCGUUAUUGCAUCGAGGCAUGACAAUAUGACCGACAUAAGUGUUCACAACAAGAAAUUUAAGCGCUACACCGCCGCAGACGUUGAGAAUGACAUUGACCACGACUUUUCAGAGCAAGAGCACAGCUCGGGCCAGAAGAAUAAACAGGCAGCUGCACGCACAUUCUCGAAUCAGACAAUAGCAAAGGAACUGCACGAAAUCAUGCUGAGUGAAGGCGAAAAUUGUGGCGGAGCUCAGCCUGGGACUGCCAGCCUGGGACUGGCAACCACCGCAGGUGGUCUCAAUGCUGGCGCCACGCAUUGCCAUUCACUCUUGGCGCUGCCAUCGCCACAAGGGGCACACGGUGGUGGCAAAAACGGUUGUUACGAGCUAACACGCCCUUCAUCGCUGAAACGAACAGCCACUGCUUCGACGACCAUGACUACAAUGACGAGUGGCGUAGGCGCAGGCAGCAGCCUACUGGAUGCACAAUGGCAGAGCCAGCAACAGCAAUCCCAACAACCACAACAACAGCCGCGUGCUCACAGCUUCCGGCACUCACAUUUGAGUGUGGGCGCGCAAGGCGAUCGACUACGUGGCCAUCACCAUCAUCACUUUGUGGCUACCGGAACAGGAGCGCAGAGCUCAUCCAGUGGUCAUGCCAAAUCGCUCUCGAAUCGCGUAACAUUGUUAAAAAAGGAGAACAAAACCACACAGACUUUGAGCAUCGUUGUGGGCGGCUUCAUCGCAUGUUGGUUGCCAUUUUUCGUCUACUAUUUGAUAACGCCCUUCCUCGGCGACCAUCAAGUCAGCACAACACUGACCCAAGCACUUACCUGGCUGGGUUGGUUUAAUAGUGCCAUUAAUCCAUUCAUCUAUGCAUUCUACAGUGUUGAUUUCCGUGCCGCCUUUUGGCGAUUGACCUGCAAGCGCUUCUUUAGCAGCGCCCAGAAACCGCAGUUCCCAACCAAUACGAUGUCCAUAAGGCGAUAGUUGAGGCGAGGGGCCACAACGCGCGCCUCACGCAUGAGCACGGAAAUGGUGCUCAUUGGUGUAGGAUUGGGCGGAGUGGCAACGGCGGUGCCAACAGGUGGAGGACACGGUGGAAGCGGCAACCUUUAUAAUUAGUAGCGAACAAACAAUAUGCAUACAUAUGUACACACAUUCAUACUGACUAGCAUAUAUGAUUAGCGUAUUCAUUAAAUUAACGCGUCGCUGUCGGCGCACAGUGGUUAAUUAGGCAACAAA